CUGGGGGCGGGGCGAGGCCGAGGGAGGUGCUGGAGGCGGAAGCGGCCGGCAGUCUGCGCCCUGCGCGGUUCGGCUAUCUUCGGCGGGGUUCCUCCUGAAGGCCUGUGACUCCCGGCCUGGAAAGCCAAGCGAGUCCUCUCCAGGUCAAUCCCGAGCCGGAGAUCAACUUUCAGAAGAGAGGCACCCCAGCAAGAUUCCGGGAGUCCUCCAAGCUCCUCACCUCCAUGGGCCAGACGGCCCUGGCAGGGGGCGGCAGCAGCACCCCCACCCCACAGACCUUGUACCCUGACCUCUCCUGUCCCGAGGGCUUGGAGGAGCUGCUGUCUGCUCCCCCUCCUGAUCUGGGAGCCCAACAGCGCCACGGCUGGAACCCCAAGGACUGCUCGGAGAACAUCGAGGUCAAGGAAGGGGGGUUAUGCUUCGAGCGGCGGCCCGUGGCCCAGAGCACUGAUGGGGCCCGGGGUAAGAAGGGCUACUCGAGGGGCCUGCACGCCUGGGAGAUCAGCUGGCCCCGGGAGCAGAGGGGUACCCACGCCGUGGUGGGCGUGGCCACGGCCCUCGCCCCGCUGCAGGUUGACCACUAUGCGGCGCUGCUGGGCAGCAACAGCGAGUCGUGGGGCUGGGACAUCGGGCGGGGGAAGCUGUACCAUCAGAGCAAGGGGUUCGGGGCCCCCCAGUAUCCAGCCAGACCUCAGGGGGAGCAGCUGGAGGUGCCGGAGAGGCUGCUGGUGGUUCUGGACAUGGAGGAGGGAACUCUGGGCUACGCUAUUGGGGGCACCUACCUGGGGCCAGCCUUCCGAGGACUGAAGGGCAGGACCCUCUAUCCGGCAGUAAGCGCUGUCUGGGGCCAGUGCCAGGUCCGCAUCAGCUACCUGGGCGGAAGGAGAGCGGAGCCACACUCCCUUCUGCACCUGAGCCGCCUGUGUGUGCGCCACGCCCUGGGGGAUACCCGGCUUGGCCAGGUAUCUGCUCUGCCCUUGCCCCCUGCCAUGAAGCGCUACCUGCUCUACCAGUGACCCCUGGGAUACCACAGAUUGUGCUGGGGCCUUAAAGCCAUCCCUCCCCUGGGGAGUGGGGAGGAGGCACCGCUGGCCUAGACCAGCUACUUAAAGCCAGGAGGUGGGGUGGGGGGAGGUGAGGCUGGGCCCCUCCCCCAACCCUAGCUCUGGGGAGCCCUAAGGCCCUAGAGCCUUCCCGAGGGGCAGAAGGGAGGGAGCUGUUAUUCGAGGCUAUGGCGGCCUGGGCCUGGUAUGCAGGACAUUUUUUCAAGUAAAAACAGUAAGAGAUGUGCUGUCGUAGAAACCUGUUUGUGUUUUUUUUUUUGUUUUGUGCACAAGUGUCCUACGGCUGCCUCAGAAAGGAAAAAGAGGGGAUGUGGGCAAGGACAGUGAAGAAGGACACACCACAAGGCUUAGUGCCAGGUGUUUAUUUCCCCCACACGUGGGACUGCUCACAUAUACAACACACACAGGCGUUGGCACCAUGGGAGAGAACAGCACCCCUGGCCUCUGAGGGGAGAACAGGACUUUCUCUCAGCCCUUGGCCUCAUGGUGGGAGAUGGGAGAGGAGGAUGGCUUCUCUCUCCUGCCCUCACUUGGGGACCGAGCGGGGACCCAUGAGCAAAUUCCACCCCUUCCACCUCUCAGCCAAGGAGGAGCCACCUUGGUGACCUGUUUAGUUCCAACCACUAUAGUCAGUGGAGAAGGGAUUGGCCUGGUCCCAACCAUUACAGGGUAAGGUGUAAACAGUAAGGAAGAGGUAUAGUUUGGCCACGAGGGGGGCAGGUGACACCAUCAGAAGCAUGUGCGGGGUGGGGAUGUGUGUGGGGGGAUAGGAGCACAGUCACUGGGCUUCUGAGCUACCUAGUCCCUGGCUUAGCAGGAAGAGGAGGGGAGACGGAUGGGCUUAUUGUUUGGCAUUGAUGAUAUC